AUGCUCAGGAUCAGUCUCGCCAAGCCCUCCAUGGUCACGCCAUGGUCAUCCCGGACACUCAUCACCACCACUCGAUCAGCAACACUGUCCUGCCCAUCGACAACACAGCGACUUGUUCCUCUUCUACGGUCGUGCCAAGCUCAAGCUCGGUUACCCAACCUACUCAAACAAACGCGGAACUACUCAACUCGCCCUAGCCCGACCGGAGGCAGCCAAUUCACCUUGGCAGACGGCUCUACAUCACUCUCUAUAACCCCGCGCUACAUCCUCUUCCGUGCACCGACGCCAUUCCAAGCCAUUGCGAAACCUAUCCUCUUCACUGCGGCUACAUCGUUCGGAGUAUUCGUGACCGCGGCUUACGUCUGGGAGCGACAGCAAGUGACCCUUAUCAAACGCAUCCAAGCAUGGCGAUCCAGUUCCAGGAGCGAAAGGCCUUCAGCACGGGAAUUUGUCCAAGCACAAUCUGAAAUAUUGCAGGAGCAGUGGGGCGAUAUCUUAGAACGCUAUCGAUGGAUUCAGCAGAUCGGGAUCCCAGUGGAGUUACAGAAGAUGCUGUUCAUGAUGCGGUCGCGGUGGAUGGAACUCACGCCAGGAGAGAGGACUGUCUGGAGUCUGAUUGCAGCCAACUCGGUUGUCUUUGGAGCCUGGCAGGUCCCACGAUUGGCACCUUUCAUGCAGAAGUGGUUUAUGCAUGACCCAUCCAGCGGCCGAUCAAUCACCUUGCUGACAUCCAUGUUCAGCCACCAACACUUUUGGCACUUUGGACUCAACAUGUUUGCGCUCCACUCCUUUGCCGUACCCUUGCACGAUCAAAUGGGCAGGGAGCAGUUCCUGGCGUUCUACCUCACAACCGGUGUCGCCGCGUCAUUGGCCUCGCAUCUCUUCACGGUGGCACGAGUUCCAUGGGCGAAGAUGAUCCCAUCACUUGGAGCCAGUGGAGCCCUGUUCGGAUGCAUCAGUUCAACGGCUUACAUGUACCCUGACGCCAGCGUCUACAUUAUCUUUUUGCCAUUCCUGCCCAUCAAAAUACCUGUGGCACUUGGAGCUAUGAUGGGUCUGGACUUGGUCGGAAUCCUGAAGAACUGGAAGAUGUUUGACCACUAUGCUCAUUUGGCAGGAUCAACGUUCGGAUUGGCGUACAUGUAUGCAGGGAAGGAUCUUGUUUGGACCCCUUUGCAGCAAAUGGCAAUCGAGCUCAACAAAGACACAAAGUUGUUUGGGAAGGGGGCUCCGACCGAGACGAAACCCGUUGCCCGUUCUCGAGGCUCGUCUGUGAUUGAAGUCACAUCAGACAACACCGCCGACAAGGAAGAACGUUCGGCCAAGAAUCUUGUGCAGGCGAGGAUCGACAGAGUAAAGGGAUGGUGGAACUCCAAGGGUAAUUGA